AUGGAUAAAUGUGAUAACACCUCCGUGCAAGGAAACAAAGUUUCGUUUGAUCCAGGCUGGAACGAUCCGCCUAAGUUCUCAUACAAUGCACAACAGACUACACCGAAUCGUCCACGCAACUUUCUUAACAAACGAGUCGCUUUUCCCCUGUCAGGCACUGGAUCAACUACAACAUCUGUUCCACCGGUAAAUUUACCUCCUAUGCCUGUGCCUGUGUCUACAACAUCUCCACAUAGUAAACAAAAUAAUUGCAAAAAUGAACCUGAUGAUACUAUUAUAAUUGACAGUGAAAGUACUCUUACGGAAGUGAAAGACAUAUUUGUAAAAUUAAUUGAUAGUGGGGAAUUAGGCUCUAAGGCAAAUGACAUCAGAAAAAGAAUUGGUAUAAUGGAAGAUAUGUGGUUAAAAGGAAAAUUAAACCCACAAAUACAAACACAGAUGAAAGAACUAGCAUAUGCUCUCCGUGAUGACCAGCCGAGCAAAGCAGAUGAAAUCCAUAAAUCACUAAUGGUGGAUCAUGUUAGUGCAGUAUGCACUUGGAUGUCUGGAGUUAAACAACUCAUUUAUCAUUGUAUAGCUCGUUCUGAGUUACUGGAUAUAGACAAACAAGAAAGUGACAAAUUAAAUACAGAAUAA